AUGAAUAGAUUUAUUGCAUCGGUUGUACAAAGAACAACAAAAACACAAUUUUCAACAACAAUAUGUAAUCAUAGUUUAAAAUCAUAUCAAAGUAAUCAAUCUAUAAUAUUAGGUCAUACAUUAAAAAACACUCAUUUAUUUCAACAACAAUCUAAAAUGUCAUUUCAAUCAAAUAUUAUUGGUGGAAGUGGUGUUGGUGUAGUUAAAAGAUAUUUUAGUAUUGGUAAUAGUAAUAAUGCUGUUGGUGGUGGUGGUAAUGCUGCCAAUGAAACCGACGAUAGAUAUCAAGAGUCAAUCAAAUUGAUUCGUCAAGUCUUUGAACUGGAAUCAAUGGGACAGUUUGAUGAUGCUUUGGCGGUGUGUGACCGAAUCAUUCGGUUGGAUAAUGAAUAUAUCAUAGAGUCAUACCUGACCAAAUCUAGAAUCUAUCUGAAUGACCUGCAUGAUUUCGAGAAGGCGAUGGAGCAGUGUGACAAUGCCUAUUUGGAAAUCAGGAAAUUCGACCCGUCCCAUCAUAAGCUAUUGAUGUUCAACAUCGAUCUUGGAAAGCUACACAUCUUUGUGAAGAGAGGUGAUAAUCGAUCGGCGGCGGAACUCUCGCUGAAGGCGAUGGCCGACAAUCCCGAGGAAGUGGAUGUGCCGUUCUUGAGAUCCUCCUAUUUGUGCUGCGAGCAAAUCGCAGACCACCAAGGAUGUCUCAAAAUCAUGAGGAUCUGGGAGGAUAGAUUCCCAGAGCAAUUGACACCGAUUGACUCUAUCUACUAUGGAAUCACCGAGCAUGCCGUUGGCAACCACAAGAAAGCACUGGAGAGAAUCAAUCUCGGACUGGCAAGUUGUAAAACCUCGGAAUACAAGAAUUCACCGAACUACAAAGAUUACCGCAAUGGAUUGAUGGCAAAGGCGUUCUAUCUUCUCGAAGACAAUAUUCCUGAGAAGCUUGAAACUCUAAAGAUUCUUUAUGACCAACAAGAAGACAGUCUCACAGCCUAUAACAUAGCCUUUUGUCUUUCAUUACAAGAGAAAUAUCAAGAAGCUUGGAAAUAUGCUGAUUAUGUUUUGAAACAUUGGGAUGAUAUGUCAAUUAAAAAUGGAACUGAAAGAGUAAAAGAUAUCUAUCUUUUAAAUAUUUAUAUUAUAAUGAUAAAAUCAAAGACGGUUAUUCUCGAUAAAUUGGAUGCAACUCUGGCGAGUGCACUCAAGAUCACCGAUAGAUAUAAUAAUCUACCAAAUAAUCUAAACCAACAUGCUUUCGCAAUUAUUGCAGCUGCUAUAGCUAACUAUGUUGCUACACUUGACACCAGUACUUUGUCUAACGAGUGGAAUCAAUUCAUGAAUAGUCUACCGAGUCAGAGUAAAUCAUUGCUUCGCAAAUCACUAAGAUCAGGCUUCAAACCAGAGCAACAAUCAACCAUUAUCAACGAGAUGAAGAACAACUCAAUAUCGAUUCAAACACUAAUCAAUCAAUACUUGAAUGAUAACAACCAAUCAAGCAAUAACAAUAAUAAUCUUAAACAAGUUGUAAAGGUGUUUAAUUGCUUUGAAAAGCAAUCAGAGUUGAACGUCUAUGAGACAGAUAUCAACUUUAUAAAUACCUCGAUUCAUCUCUACAACUAUGUGAUGAACAGUAUCAAUCAAAGAGUGAUCGAUCAAUAUCAUUUCCAUAUGAAUCAUUCACCUUUCAAUGCCAUCAAGUGGGAGUUCAACGGUUUUCUUAGAACCCCAGAGGAACUUGCCAAUUCCUUUACAGAGGAUCCACUUUUCAUUAACGAUACAUUGGAGUCUGCUAUCUUACAUUGCAACAAGAUGAUAGAAUCCACUGGAAAGUCUAUCUACUAUGCCAUUAGAACCUAUUUGUUCUUUAACGAAUCAGAAAAAAUCGACUUGAGGACAGGUAACAAUCUUAUCAACAGAGCAUUAGAGUUGAACAAAUACGAUAAUGAAGAAGAGAGAAUCUUGGUUCAAUUGGUCCGAGCAACGCUUCUCGCUAGAACCUACUCUUUUCAAGAGGCAUUGGAGCUAGUCAAGUCAUUGUACGACCAACACCCAAACAACGAUGCAGUUUGUAUGUUGUACGCUCAGGUACUGGUUGCCAAUACUGAAUUCAAAGAAGCAGAGCAAAUACUUGGUAGCUAUAUCAAUAGAUUAGUGAAUAACCCUGUAGAAAACAAGGUAAAGUUGAUCAAUGCAAUCAAUAGACUUGGAUACAUUCAUCUGUUCUUGGGUAAUGGUGAUCAGGCAAUCGAGCGAUUCAACUCGAUCUAUGAAAGUAAAUAUGCAGUGCCAUCUUCAAAAGAACCAUCGAACUACUUUACAAGACGUGGAAUAUUCGAAGCCAAAUGUAAGAUUAUGAUAAACGAUCUCGAUAAAGUAAUUGCUGUGCAUCCAGAUGAAGUCGUUUCAAUAUACACUAGAAGCAUUUUGAAUAUCGCUCUGGUAAAACAUGAGGCGGUCGCUCGUGAUCUUCUCAAAGUUCAGGAGAUUGGUUUGCGUCGCCCAGAGUACAGAGAAGAUCCUGUUUUAACAUCGAUAUUCAAAACAACGGACAAUAUGAUCAACUCACUCAAAUCAAUCAAUGUAAAAGACUUGCCAAUCGAUAUGAGAAAGAUUCUUGAAAAUUGUUACCCAACACUAUCAAAGAUUACAAACACUUUCUUUACCGACAAGUCUAGACACCAGUACUAUCAACAACAAAUAAGUGAUCUUUCAAAAUCGGUAUUAGUCGAAGAAGAAAUGGCACAAAAUAAUAAAGAUAGACAAUCAAAGUUAUAA